UGCCCCCUGCCCUGCCCUGAUUAUCUGAGAUCAGCUGAAAUGACUGAAGUGAUGAUGAACACUCCAGCUAUGGAUGAGAUCGGGCUAAGCCCCCGCAAGGAUGGCCUGUCAUAUCAGAUCUUCCCUGAUCCCUCAGACUUUGACCGCUACUGUAAACUGAAGGACCGCCUGCCCUCGAUUGUGGUGGAGCCGACGGAGGGCGACGUGGAGAGCGGUGAGCUGAGAUGGCCACCCGAAGAGUUCCUCGUGCAGGAAGAGGAGGAAGAGGAAGAGGAGGAAGAGAACUGUGAAGACUCAAAGAAGGACAACAAGGAGCAAUAAAUGGCAUCAGAGGAAAGGCAAGGGACUGCUCCCUUCUGAAGGAAGAGCCACACUUCUUUUGAAAGUCUUUUUAAAGGAAAAGACAAGUUCAACUUUGCACCUGCGAGAUCUUAGUUAUUUUGUAUUCUCUGUAUUGAGAACUGAAGCCCUCGGUGUCACCAGACCUCCUGAGGAAGGAAGGAAGUAACGCAGAGAAAUGUUUGCUGUUCUCGA